UAUCGGUCCAUCCUCUUUGCCUUUCUUUACUCAACAUCCUUUCAUUAUGGAUAGACAUAGGUGUGAUUAGUUACAAUCAAACACUGAAUCAACAAUUUCAAGUUGAUGGUAGCUUUUGUCGAGCAUAAGAAGAGCGGGUGAGGCAAAUCUUUGUGGGGAAGGUGCAGGAAUGAGGUUUGGUUCCAUCCACCAAGAUAUUGAAUCUGGUAGGCAAGGUUUUCAAAAUUGAAAGUGCUAUGGAUUCAUUUUGGAUGCGCUUGCAAUUUUGUGGAGAAGUGCUAUGUGUGUUAUCCUUGUAAUCAAGAAAAAUUGGUCCUUUCUCCUACAACUUAUAUUUCAAUUCGUCUUUCAUAAGAAGCCAAAAUUCUACCGAUGGCGAAGUUCUUCUUAUCUUAUGAAGAAUCAUGGUACAAUUCAACCAAAAAGCAGCACCUACCUACUGACUACUCUCAUUAACCGGCUUCUAUACAAGCCAUGUAUGUCUCAAGUCAGAACUAUGUAUCUAUUACAUAUGGAUUCAUCAUGCUGUGCAUCACAGCUAUACUUAUGCAUCACAGGUAUACUUGUGUGUCAUCAGUCAUGAAGAUUAUCUUUAAUAUUUAUAUUUUGUAAGGAAGCAUGCACUAUACCUUUUACUUUAAUAACUUUUAGUAACAUUUCUUUAAUUGUAGGUUCGAAUCAAAGUUGUAUAUACUUUCAACUUCAAAUUUAGCAAGUAAAGAAGAUGAUAGUUUGUCUCCAAUUCACAAAGUAAAGAUUGUCAUCAUGAAAGUUAUUAUGGAUGCUUUUUGUGCAUACGCUGCACGAUACAAUCUCCAUGGCAUACAUAUCUAAAAUAAGAAGAAAAAAGAAUUACAUCAUCAUUAUAAUAACCAUGAAUCAACAACACAAAGUAGAAAAUGCAUGUGAAAUGCACGACCUAGUAGGAUAGGAGUAAAAAAAUGAUUGGAGAACACAUCUUUACAUAACAAGUUGGCAUCUACUGUAGUAGUGCCAAAUAUGCCUUUAGACCUCAAAUAAUAGGGAAAGAUAAAGCUAAUGACAUGGAAGUAUACCUUUAUACCACAAAGAAAGAUCCAUCAUAGUAGUGCCAAUCAAGAAAAAGGUAACAUUUUAAAAUGUACCUUUACACAUCGAAUUAUUGAAAAAGAUAAAGCAAAAAUGACACAAAAGUAUACCAUAGCUUUGCACCAAAAACUGAAACCCAUGAGUACUAGUGCCAAUCAUUAAAAAUGUAGCCUUUUUUAUAAAGUACCUUUACAUCUCCAUUGACUAGAAAAGUUAAAGCAAAUGAUAUAAAAAUACACCACAAACAGACAUCCUUUAUAGUAGUGCUGGUUAAGAAAAAGGUAAUAUCCUUUACACCUCAAAUGACCAGAAAGACAAAGAAAAAGACAAAAAAGUACACAUUCGCACCACAAACUGACAUCCAUAGGUAGUAGUGCCAAAUAAAAAACACGAAACUCAAUUUCCACCUCAAACCAUGCAUUCAUACUGCUAGUAACAUAUUUCUCGCCCACUUGAUAAUCUUAGUUGUCAUGCAUAAAUACAUAAGUAUCAAGAAUAAUCAAAACUUUAUUGGAUUCUCCUGUAUCAGAGCAACCAUCAACAUAUAAAUAAAAGAAGAAGAUGGUAAAUGACAAAUAGAUUAUAGCUAGAGGAUAUAAAGUAAAAGCUUAUGGAUAUCAUGAAAGUAUUGAUAAAAUAGUGGAAAAGAUGCUUGUGUAUCUGAAGAGAAUAGAAAAAAUAAUAAUAAAUCAAUCAACACGCAACAACCUUUUCAUUUUUAAUAUUUUUUCCAACAUAAGGUGACCCCCUGGUUUCCUAUAAAACCAUUGUAGUUGAUGCCCAUCCUCAUCAGUCACCAAUAGUGGCUUCGGAGUAUUAGUAUUUUGUGCUUCCAAACUUCUAAUCAGCUAAGGUACAUCAUCGACCUUAUUUUUACUAUCAAAGUUAGUUUAUAUGCGGGUUUGUUUCUAGGUAUCUUAUGGGUUGAAUCUUGAGAUAUUAUCAUGCCUCUUUAAAAUUUAUCUAUUUUUCCUUGAAAAUGGAGUAGGAGUAAGUUGUUGAUUCGAUUGCUAGUUCAUUUUUGUAUUACAGUAUCAAGAGUAAGUAAUAACUAUACGACUAUUUCAUUAUCUAGGUGCAACAAUUAGAUCAAAGAAGAAAGAAAUGAAUUGCCUUCUUAAAAUCUGUACAUCAACAAGGACUCCAAUGUCAUUAUCUGAGCAACAAAUGGUAGAUGAAUUUUGGAGGAAGAAACAACAUGAAAUUGAAGCUAUUGAGGAUUUCGGCGAGCACACAAUCCCCAUGACCCGUCUUAGAAAGGUUAUCUGUGCCGAGAAGGGUAAAAUGAUGAUGACAUUCGACACACCAUCCUUCUUGACAAAGGCAUGUGAGAUCUUUGUUCAAGAACUUUCCUUCCAUGCUUGGAUGCGUGCGAAAUCCCACCAUCGUAGCAUCAUACUGGACUCUGAUAUUGCUGAGGCCAUUUGUUCCAUCAAUUUCUAUGAUUUUCUAAAUGAUAUUCUACACACAUAUCAUGAGGAGCACUACUCUGCUUCUCAUCCAAAGUCUACUAAAAAGUCCUUUGACAUCAGGUUUACAAACCAACUAUCAACAUCCAGCCAACCUCAUUUUGAUCAAUACCCAACAAAACAGUACCAUCAACAUCCAACCAACAAUUCUCCUCAUUUACCACCAAUAAAUGUUUAUCAGAUGCCUUUACCUCUAGCGUUUGCACCACAAGAAUACCUCUUGAUGCCAACAACCACGAUCACACCAACAUCCAUUAUGAGUGAAACAAUACCUCCUAUGACCUGCACCACUAGGGGCCUAGACUUCUUUGGCAACAACAUUGUUGCAACUUCUAGUGCAAUGACUUCUUUACAACUACCUCCAGAAGCACUACCCAAUAUCCAAAAUAACAAUAUGAGCACAGUUACCUCUACUGAUACAUGUUGUGUCGGUAAUUCUAACACUCGUAAUGUUAAUGCUCAAGAUGGAGGCGUAACAUUACACUAUCCUUAUGCUCCUCAAAUUUCUUUUCAAUUAUCAUCCCCUUCACCAUUGAGUAAUAGUGGUGCCCAUAUUUCUAUUGAUAUUUCUGAGCUGAAGCAUAGAAGACAUGAUUUCACACAUAUAAAAAAUGCCUCACAUGUUUAUCAAGUAAACAGUACUAGUAAUGCCAUUGAUCAAAAAUCAAAUAUCGGUUCAGAUGAUGGUCAACAACAAGACAGGGGAGAAGAAAGUGAUGUCAGCAAUCAUCAAAAUAUUAUGCACGAAACCCUAGAUGCAAAACUAAUUAGUACCACUAAUGUGAGCAAGGAUGAUAGAAAAAAUAUAAAUUGGGAUGAAAUUGACAUGGCUGAUGAUUCCUUGUUAGCAAGAUUUUGGGAGGAAGUCAUGAUGGACGAAGACCUAGCACAUUUACCUACUGCUACCUCCACCAGUGAUCAUGUUCCACUUCCUUUUGAUAGACUUCAUGAAUUUGGUCAAGAACCAUAUCUUCUUAAUGACAUCAUCACCUUUGCUAGUACCAGCGGAAGGCAUAGCUAGAUGGGUGGAGAGCUGGAGAAGGAAACAACAAUAUUGGCAUAGUGACAACUACUUUCUCUCUAUAGAUUUGU